AUUGUCAUACUUUGAAGACAGUCCUGGAUACUCACAUUGGAUGACUAUGCCAGACAUGGGUCAUCUUGUUGCAUCGUGCUACAAUCUUGUGUUAUACCACUUGUCUUUACAGCAAUGUCUCACCUUUUUACCUCUUAGAACCGUGCCAGUACCUCAACUUGAUAGACGUGAGAUUGCCAUUGGGUUUGUCAACGGAAAUCAUUUCGUGCAGGUUUUGUUGCAGCCAGGCCAUCCAGUUCCUCCUAUUGCCACUAAUUGGAGAAAAUACCGUCACCCUUGCGCUGUGGACUGGGAUGAUGCAUAUGUGCGUCGCAUUCAACAUUUCAAGGACAUUAUUCAUGAUAAUGUAGCUACUCGAGAGACUUUUGAUGUUGUUGAUGUCGCAUGACACAUGUAUGCAUUUGACAAUGUUACAAUUAUGGAAGAAAUUAAUGGAUGUG